AUGACCACCGACCACUCGAGACUGGCAACCUGCCAGAACCAGCCGAACAAGCUCGUCGACCAAUACCAGGGCAUCCAGAAGAUCCUCGACGAGUCGAUCCCCAGCCAAGAGCGCCACGGCAUGUUCGAAGCGUAUCAAGUCCGCGUUGGCCUACGCGUGGGUGCUUGGGAAUCGAACGGCAAACCGAGGUGCCCGGAGUGUCUUAAGGUGCACUGCAUGCCGUGUCUAGAGCGUGCGGACCUCCACGUGCUGCUGGAUGUCCACCGCGAGGGUCUCAAGCUUCGUCGCGACGCGUGGGAGAGGGGUCAGCAACUGGAGACAGGUAUGAGCCCCAGCCCUAACAGGAACGUCCUUGAUGAAGCGUGGGUCGGCGAUUUGCUGCUCGGACUCUUGGAAUCUGAGAAUGCAGAGAAUUCGAAGAAUAUCCAAGCAAAAAGCCACCCCGCUCAGGUUCUCAAUGAGUUUAUGUGGAAUCGGACUAACUUGAGGGAUCCACCCGCAGCAGAAGCACGCCCGCCGAAUCAAACGCUACAAGAACUAUACGGUCUCUAUAUCCCCAAUGGCCGUAAGAUCACGGUAAAACUCCCUCAAGUUCAACAUGGCCAGUCCAACAAACUUAUGGAUCCGAAGGAUCGACCCACAGCAGAGCCGUUGCCACCAACCGAAUCCAUGCAAGUGAAAGAGGACUUCGACUUCUCGAAUGAUGGAUCGGACAUCAUAGUGCGACUUCCCAAAGACCCGAUCGGUGAUUUCCGAAAACUCAUGCAGCGAUACAAUGGCAAUGCUGAUGCUGAGAGGUUGCUCCAUUCCGUUAUGUGGCGUACUUUGCGGGAAAGUGUCGCUAAGUUCGACAAGAAACAGGAGGAAGAUCGACAAGAUGCUGAAGCUGUGCAAACUCAUGCUGGGCUGGACAUUGCGCAAAAUUCUGCUACAGAGUCAUCUGGUCUACCCAAGAGGCCUAGGGAGGUUCCAGAGACCAGGAAAGAGUCCGCCGAAGAGGAUCCAGUUGGCCGUCAAACCAAAAAGCUGAAGCAGGGCCCGGAAGCAACUUUGCGCCGACCCAUGGGCCCCAUUCUAGCACCGAACCUUUCCAGAGGUUAG